GGUUCCCCUGCCCAACUCUUUGUACAUGAAUGGGUGUGUGAUGAGACAUCUUGUAGUGUUAAUCCGUAUUUAAAGCCCUCCUCUAAUUCUGCAUAGUGGAACACACACACAGUCUUUGCCUUCACUCUUUCUUUAUCUCCAGUCUUUGAGAGGAUAUGAGUGUCUCAUACAGAUCACAGACCUUGCAUCUGCAUCAUUCUCUCAUGACUAUAAAACACCAGUCUGGCUCAAUCCCUGGUGAGUUUACUUAGAAAUCAUGCUAGAGAUGGCUGAAGAAGUGACUUAUGCUGACCUGACGUUCAUUACACUGGCGAAGAACAAGAAUGAGGACUUCCAGCAAACCAAAAGCAAAGCAUCUUCCACAGUAAAGCACCAUUGGCGAUCUGUAGCAGUCUCUCUUGGGAUAUUAUGCUUGGUUCUGCUUGGAGCAGCUGGGACUAUGGGAUUCAAAGCUAUGCAGGCAUCCCAGAAAAUGAGCAGUCAGAAUGACAACCUGACCCUGCAGAAGGAGAUGCUAGAAAACCUUCUCACAAAGCUGGAUGUUCUCCAGGCCAAGAAUCAAAACCUUUCAGAGACUCUCCAGCAACUGUCAAACCACAGAGGUCGCCAAUGCAGUCCUUGCCCAGAAAAGUGGCUGCAGCGUGGAGAGAAUUGCUAUUUCCUUUCAGCCAAGUGGAACACAUGGGAAGAAAGCAAAACUCAGUGCAUUACACUUAACUCCAGGCUUCUUAAAAUAGAGACUAAGGAAGAGCUGGAGUUCAUACUUGAGUCAGCCCAGUCCUACAAUUCUUAUUGGAUCGGUUUAUUCCGCAGCAGAGCUGGUGGGCCUUGGAUAUGGGAGGACAACAGUACCUUCAUUACUGACUUGUUUAACAUUCCUGAUACUGGAUCCAGCAAUUAUCCCAUCUGUGUAUCUAUUCAGGGUGGGAAUCUAAUUGCUUCAGAUUGUCUGGGAUACCGGUUUUGCAUCUGUGAGAAAAUGGCAAACCAACCUAAACCUGGCCAUAAGUAAGAUGAUAACCUCAGCCACAAUGCUCUUCAUUGAUUCCAGUCUGGGGACUUUGAUCAGAAAUAGUGUUUGUAUGUAUGCACAUGUAAUUAUACCUGUGUGUGCACACACAUACAUAGAAAGAGAUGCGUGUGUGUUAUAUAUAGUUCCUUACAUUCAUUGAAUGAAUACAUGAACGGGGCCAAUAAUCUGUGCUAAUAAUUUGUGUUAAUAAUAAUUAAAAAAACCAGAUGGAACCUGAUAAAACAGUUCAAGAGUAUUUGUCAAAUAUAAAGGAUAUAACUAAUGAGCUGAGGAAUAUAAAAUUGACAUUGGAUGAGCAAUUAAUCAAUCCAUCCAUUUUUAAUGGGUUAUCAAAAAAGGUUGACACUUUGGUGAUGACUUUGAAAGCUCAAUUUCAGAAAAUGCAAUAAGAUAUGCAAUCAUAUGCAAUUAGAUAUGAUGUCAUAGAUGUGCAAAUAUGUAAUCGAUACUGAUCAGUCAAAAAUGCCGAGUUACAAGAUUAUAAGCCAGCAGUGAGCAAUAAAUUUAACAGAAAGUCACUCAUUGUCAGAACAGUAAAUGGUGGUGAAUUCACAGGAAGCUUAAUAAAUGACUUCAUAAGAAAGCAAGGCAUUAAACAUGAGACAACUGUCCCUUAUUUCCCAGAACAGAAUGGAGUGGCAGAAAGGAAAAGUCACACUCUAACUGAAAUGGCAAGAUGCUCAAUUCUAGAUUCAAGACUACCAAUAAGACUUUGGGGAGAGGCAGCAGUAACAGAGACCUACCUGCAAGACUGAUUACCGACUUAAACUAAAAAGGGUCAUACCUUUUGAGUUAUGGAAUAGACAGAAGCUAAAUGUGGGACAUCUGAGAGUGUUCAGGUCCAAGACCUAUGUAUAUAACCCAAAAGAGAAAAGAAGCAACUUUGACAACAAAAAAGAAGUCAGUAUAUUUGUGGGAUAUGCACCAGGAAAUAAAGACUACAGAUGCCCAAAUUAUGAAAAGAGGGUCAUAGCAAGAGUAGUGUACUUUGAUGAGAGUGAGAGAG